GCUAGCUCGCUGUUUUUUUCAGCAAGAGUUUCGGCGUUUGGAUUUAAAAAGCGCGGUCGCUCACCGGACCUCAAGGCUGCAUAGAUGCUGCACAGAACCGUAUCGUUGGACGCCUUCUCGACAGUGAAGGGAAUCUGGGCAUCCGUUCGCACGGCCGCGCAGCCUAAAAGUUAUCCAGCUGCCCGCCGCGGGGGUUUCCAUGGGCUACUGCGAGAUCUGCUACGCCGCCUGCGAGGCGCGGUACUGCGCGGGCUGCGCGCCGUCCGCCCCCGCGCCGUCGCCGCAGGUCGUGCUCAAGCGCGAAUCUAGGUUAGACGGCCACAGCGACCGCGUGUAUGACGUGGCCUGGGGCUCGGACGACCGCCUCGCGUCCGUCGGCCAGGUCGGCGGCUUCGUCUGGUCCAUUGGUGAAGGGAAGCAGCUCGCGCCGUUGGACGGAGACGAGCUCAUGCGCGUCGCCUGGCACGGCGAUUCCGUCAUCACGGGCUCGUCCCUGGGCAAGAUGCAGGUCUGCUCCCCAAAUGACGGGAGACCGAAGGCCACGUUAGAUACGAAUCAAGAGGAUGAGGUCUACGGCCUCGAAUCAUUGACAUCGAACCUAGCCGUGGGCGCGGGCGACACGUUGCAACUGUGGGACGUGGAGAAGGAGACGUGUCUGAAGCGAGAAACGUGCGUCAAGAGCCCUAAUGGUAUUGUCUUCGGCGGCCACCGGAACCCGGACCAAAAAUCCUAUGUUUUCUCGAUGGCGCGCAAGGGGGACAUACUCGUCGCGGCGGUGUCGGACGGCACCGUCCGUCUCAAUGAUGCGCGGACACUCGAGAGUGUAGACUCCGUGGACCUCCACGCGCGGCGCGGCAAUUCAGCGUACGCCGUCGCCGCGUCUUCUACAUCUCCGUUAAUUGCGUCGGCGGACCAGCGCGGGUCGGUGUUGCUGUGGGACAUGCGGCAUAUGGAAACGCCGGUCGCCGAGUGCGCGAAUCCAGGGGCGGUUCAUGCUUUGGCCUUCGUGGACGACCUGGUCGUGAGCGCGGGCGCCGAUGGUAGAUUAAGGGCGCACGCCUCGAAGGAUUUGACUGUCGAAGCGUCGGCGAGCGUCCUGAAUUCCAUAUUGUGCGUCAAGGCCGAGGGAUCACGCGUCGCGUCGGCGGGCGGCACGGGCAAGACCAUCUCCGACGCGGGCAUCCAGCUCUGGCGCGUGGCCGUCGAGGGUGGCGAACCGGCUGUUGCGGGGCCGACGGAGACGCGCGCGGAGAAGCGGCGGAAGCUAUGAUGGGGAUUGUGUGGUAAAGUUUUUGUCCAUA